GUUAAAAUAAUAAAAAUUCUCUCUUUCUGUUCACUGUCAACAGCUACGGAUCCCUAAUUGAUUAAAGGAAUCCCUAAUUCCUCUUUCCUUCAAUCGACUCGAUUCGAUCACGCGAUUCUCAAUAUUUCGAUCAAUUCUAGCAACUCACUCACGACAUCGUUUCGGUUCUUGAUUGUGAUUCUUAUUUUUAUUUUUUUUUGGAAAUUGUGGAUGAGAAUUGGAAUCAAAGAAUGAAAAAUGCCUGUGCUGCGUAGUCGAGUGCGCAGAGGCCGAGGAGGAGGAGCAGCAGCCGUAACACUGGAGCCAGAAAAGAAACAGCAGGAGCAGAAGAAGAAUCCAGUCGAAGUGGUAGAACCGAUUGCGAAGAGGACAAGGAGAAGGAGGGCAGCAGCGGAGGCGGGAUUGGCAACGCCUAAAACUAACGAUAAGGAACACAAAACUCGCAAUGAGAGGGUAGGAGUGGGUGGUGCCGUUUCAGGGGCGGUGAAAGAAGAGGAGGAGAACAGGGAUUUAGAGGUUGCUAGAGAGAAGAAGGGAGUGUUGGGAGAAAAGAAGCCGAUGGACGUGUUAGAUAGUGGUGGAAAAAGUAAUGAUAAGCCGCUUGCUGGUGGCGGUGACGAUGAGGGAACCGCUGCCCCUAUACCCGACCAGGUUCAGGUUGAGGAUUCUCCUGUGUACAAAGUAGAAAGAAAAUUGGGAAAGGGUGGCUUUGGUCAAGUGUAUGUUGGUCGACGUGUGUCUGCUGUAAAUACAAAUGAUAAAGCUGGUGCAGGAGCUGUAGAGGUGGCACUAAAAUUUGAGCAUAGAAGUAGUAAAGGAUGUAAUUAUGGACCACCGCAUGAAUGGCACGUUUAUGAUACUCUUGGUGGCAGUCAUGGUGUACCACUAGUACACUAUAAGGGUCAGCAAGGUGAUUAUUAUGUCAUGGUUAUGGAUAUGUUGGGUCCAAGCCUGUGGGAUGUUUGGAAUAACAAUAUUAACUCAAACUUAAUGUCCACUGAAAUGGUUGCAUGUAUUGCCGUUGAAGCUAUAUCCAUAUUGGAAAAGAUGCACCUUAGAGGUUAUGUCCAUGGAGAUGUAAAGCCUGAGAAUUUUCUGCUUGGCACUCCGGGAACUCCUGAUGAGAAAAAAUUAUUUCUUGUUGAUCUUGGAUUGGCUACUAGAUGGCAAGAUAGUUCAACUGGUUUGCAUGUUGAGUAUGACCAAAAGCCAGAUGUUUUCAGGGGAACAGUGCGUUAUGCUAGUGUGCAUGCUCAUUUAGGGAGAACUGGUAGCAGGAGGGAUGAUUUGGAAUCUCUUGCUUACACACUUAUUUUUCUUCUCCGUGGUCGUUUACCUUGGCAAGGGUACCAGGGAGAAAACAAGGGGUUUGUUGUUUGCAAGAAGAAGAUGGCAAUAACCUCAGAGGCGCUUUGUUGCUUCUGUCCACAGCCUUUCAAACAGUUCGUUGAAUAUGUGGUGAACUUAAUGUUUGAUGAAGAACCUAAUUAUGCAAAAUGCAUUUCCCUCUUUGAUGGAAUUGUAGGUACAAAUCCAGAUAUGAGACCACUUAACACAGAAGGUGCCCAGAAGCUUAUUUAUCAGGUUGGUCACAAGAGAGGUCGUUUGACUAUGGAGGAAGAUGAUGAACAACCAAAGAAGAAGGUUCGCAUGGGCAUGCCAGCAACACAAUGGAUUAGUGUGUACAAUGCAUGCAGACCAAUGAAACAAAGGUAUCACUAUAAUGUGGCUGAUGCAAGGCUUGGUCAGCACAUUGAAAAAGGGAACGAGGAUGGCUUAUUUGUUAGCAGUGUAGCUUCAUAUCAAAAUCUAUGGGCCAUUAUUAUGGAUGCUGGUACGAAUUACUCUGCACAAGUCUAUGAGCUCUCACCAUAUUUUCUUCGCAAGGAGUGGAUAAUGGAGCACUGGGAAAAGAAUUAUUAUAUCAGUGCCGUAGCUGGAGCCAAUAAUGGAAGCUCAUUAGUCGUAAUGUCUAAGGGUACUAGUUAUAUGCAGCAGUCAUAUAAAGUUAGUGAUUCAUUUCCUUAUAAAUGGAUUAAUAAAAAAUGGAAGGAGGGCUUUUAUGUGACUGCAAUGGCUACCUCAGGAAGUAGAUGGGGGGUUGUUAUGUCCCGUGGUGCAGGAUUUGCUAAGCAGGUGGUUGAACUUGAUUUCCUUUAUCCUAGUGAAGGCAUCCAUCGACGAUGGGAUUCUGGAUAUCGUAUCACGGCAACUGCAGCAACUUGGGACCAGGCAGCUUUUGUUCUGAGUGUGCCGAAAAGGAAACUUGCAGAUGAAACACAGGAGACCCUUCGAACCUCAGCCUUUCCUAGCACACAUGUCAAGGAGAAAUGGGCCAAAAAUCUAUAUAUUGCAUCCAUGUGUUAUGGACGGACAACAUCAUGAGCUGCGUCUCGCCUGCCUCCCCCGCGAUCCCAUUUAAGCUAUGAUGUUUUUUGUCAAGUAGCAUUCAUUUAGGCUUAGAGAAAUUUUGAUUAGUAUAUAGGUUAUCAAUUUUAAUAAAAAAUAUAGAAGCUUUAGUUCUUCCGUAAGUCGUGUCUGUCAACCUGUGAAACUAAGUGGGCUUCCUCUUGUGCCGAUUGUAUGCCAUCGAGCAAAAGCUAUGAGGAUGGCGGUGCCUCUAUUUUACUUUGUACAGUUUCUAAUAAUUGGCAUCCUGAUUAGGGCAAUUUGUAAAAUUUACGUUUCUAUAUGGGU